UUUGCUGCUGCCGCAUUCACGUCGUCGAGGUGGUUGGUGGUGAUUGGUGUUUCUUUGGAGGUCGUCGCGUACGCGUCGGUGAUGUAAAACGUGUGUGUGUGUUCAGUGAAUUGUGCUAAGUAAAAGCCUGGAAUGUAAUAUUGCUAUACGACUUUGGAUCGAAGUGUUGAAAGAUUUAAAAUAUUGAAUGUAAGUUGCAUAAGAUCGGUGCAGAGAAAACCGGUGUUUUUAAAUGCAGUCGUAAAGCAAAUGAAAAGUGUGUCGUUCGUAUAGUCGAAAGUGCGAAAGUGGUCAAUGUAUAAAGUGAAAAAAGAGACAAAUGAAAUUUAAAGCGAGUCAAGUUUGAAACAAAAAAAAAAGUUUGAAACAUCCAAAAUCGCUUUCAUUAUUUAAACAAAAAACAGGCACAGGUAUUAAAAAAAAAACCAAACGCAUAACACCAAACUGUUGUGUUCAGUUCAGAAUCGUGCAAAAAAACAGUGAUUGCAAAAAAGCAGCUACUUAAUUAAUUGCCUCGAAUAGUUUUGACGCUGUUUACUUUUUUUACCGCAAUGUUGCAUAGAAAAUUUUUUGUUGGCAAACUUGUUAGCAAUCACAGCUGACUGCCAAAUUAAUUGAUUGAUUGAAUGCCUGUUUAUAAGAUUGUUUGCAUUCCAAUCAUAACUGAUGAUAUUUGUGGUAUUUAAGUGAAAAUGAAAACGAAAACAUCGACUGCUGUUUUGCAGCAACAAAACUAAGGUGUAGUGCGCCUGAAAAUACCACAUUGCAUGAAGUUAUUGAAAUGUUGCAUGCAAUACAUCCACAUUCAUAAUUUCAUUGUAAAUACUUGAGAGAGUAAACAAAAACUUUUCAAGUACAUACCUACUACUUCCUGAACUUUAGUGGGUGGUGCAGAAUUUUUAAGGCUUCAGUGUAAAUAAAAAACGAAGCUUCUGCGUGCAAAGAAUUUUGAAAAAUUCACCGAACAUCCAAAAAGAAAAACAUAUGUUACACUUUCUUUCUGAACCAUUUUUAGUGCGCGUGUGCAUUUGUUUACAUCGCAUACAUCAAAAUAACUCAUAAUAAAAAAAAAAAAAGUUAUGAAUCGAACACAAUGAGCAAUGAGUAGCCAAAAGCAACCAGCAAGGUGAAGAAGCCAAUAAAAUGCCAAAUUAUCGUUUCGACGAGUAUCGAUAUAAGAAAACAGUUGUAUCGCUAUUUUGUGGCAGCUAUAAAUUUGGUGAAAUUUAUGAUUCCGCUUUGGUGUGAAAAGCAAUCGAAUGACGUUGUAAAUGAGCGUGCUUAAAAUAGGACAAACAAAAUUAAAUGAAAUUUGCAGUGAAACACAGAAAGAAAAAAAUUUAUAUACAAAUUAAAAUAAACAGCUAUGAGAAGUAAUGCACGCACAACAGAAUGUUGUGGGCUUUAAAGUUGCAAACUUGAAUAAUAAUUGAAAACUGAAAAGUGCCCGAAAACAAGCAGAUUUUUAAACAAAACUAAAAGCAAUUUAAAAAACAGUGGUUAAAAAAAAAUAAUAAAGUGCAUUUAAAGGUGCUGGCGUUUUGUGUUCAAAUGAAAAGCGUGUUUAUGGUGAAAUAGUAAUAAAUACAAAAUUUUAGUCUGAACAAAUAUUAAAGUUGAUUUUUAUCAAAGGUUUUACUCUCUUCAUAUCUACUAAUAUCAAUGUGGUCACUUGAAAUCCUGUCCGGCGUUACACAUGCGCGUUUGCAAUAUUAUGGAGGCGUGUUUGAUGGCUAAUCAUUUAAUGAUGGCGCAUCAACGUCCACAAUUGCUUGUCAUCUCAAUUUCCCUGCUUUAUUGGUUUCGUCAUACAGGCGAAUGUUGGAAAUUCGAUGGCGGUGGUCCGGGUGCACUCGGUCCCGGUGCACCGAUACAUAACAGCCCAUCUCCGCUGCUGCUAAAUGCGCCCACAUUUAUUGCCACCUAUACACAUUCGCGUGCGGCACGUAGCGCUUCAGCGACACCAGGUAGUGGUGGUGGUGCUUCCGCUGCGGCUGCACGUGGUCCACCGCCAGCUGUGCCGCCGCCAAGCGGGAAUGGUGGUGUUAUGGCAGGCGGCAGCUUCUCGGCACUGUUAAAUGGCCAACAACAGGAUAUUUUGUAUGCUUGUCCGUUGAAUAGUAUGUGCCAGUGUGCAGGUUUGCCCAACGAGACGUCCACAUUGAUCGAAAUCAAUUGCAAUGAAGUGGCGCUGUAUAAAUUUCCAGAAUUCAUACAUAGUUCCGUGCGUUACAUUGAAAUGUCACGCACACAUUUGCAAAGUGUCGACGAUGAAACAUUUCAGGGACUCAGACUGAAAACAUUAAAAUUGAUAGAUAACGAAUUGCAGGACAUUUCAGAUCGCAGUUUCAGCACAAUGACGCAUUCGCUUAUGACGCUGGACAUAUCUGGCAAUAAAAUGCAGCACAUACCACUCGAGGCGUUGCAAAAAUUGCAUUCGCUAACACGGCUUGUAGCGCAAAGGAAUCACAUCACCUCUCUCGAAGGCAACUGGGAGGCUCUCUUCGAUUCUCUGCGCUCGUUGCACCUCUCCGGCAACGACAUCACCGAGGUGUCUCCUUUUGGUCUUCACGAGAACGGCAAUAGCGUGAACGGCGUCGGCGGCGGUAGCGGUCAUCCUUCCAGCCUGGCGGCCAUCACACGACACGACGAGCUCGGCAGCAUGAAAAGUGCGCACAACCAUGCGUUAAACAUGCUCAACGGACUCAGCGGGUCUGCUGCGGGACAUACGUCCAGCACGAGUAAUCACAUUGCGCCAAGCAAACCUUUCAGUCGCCUACAAAAACUACUCUGGCUGGAUCUUUCAAAUAAUCGCAUCUACCACAUAGCGCCCAACUUCCUGCCACGCUCGCUGGUCACCAUCGAUCUGUCGAGCAAUCUGCUCACCGUUUUCCCACAACAACUCUUCGAGCAUCUACAUGGGCUGCGCAUCGUAUCGCUGCGUGACAAUUUGCUGCGUAGCGUGCAAACGAAAGAGUUGCGGUUGGUGCGCAUGCGGUUGGAGAAGCUCGACUUGGGCAUGAACUUGGUGGAAACGCUGGAAUCAGAUUGGUUUCAGAACAACUACUCUGACGUGCAUGUACGCGCGCUCAAUCUGGAAAAGAACUAUAUACGGCAGCUACCACCGGCGGUGUUCAAGGGCACUGGCAUAGCGCAUUUAGUGCUGGCUUUCAAUGCCAUCGAGCGCAUACAUGUGAAUGCCUUUGAGGGCGUUACUGAGACGCUGGAAUACUUAGAUCUGGAGCGCAAUGAGUUGAAUGCAGUGCCUGGUGCAAUUAGGACGCUGCAUAAACUCAAGUAUCUGUAUCUGGCCUCGAAUAAUAUUUAUCAACUCACAAAUCUGCCGGAGAACAUGGAUAAUUUGCGCGUGCUCAGCUUGAGCGGCAACAACUUCACGAUGAUACCAGUGCUGGCGCUGCGUAAUUACACGCAGCUGUCUUACCUCAAUAUGGGCUACAACCUCAUUUCAGACAUACCUGAGGGCAUUUUCGCGGUGGACAAUUGGGGCGCAAACCUACAGACGAUACUACUGCGUAACAACAAAAUCACGCACUUGCAUUUGGGCUCUUUCUACGGCUUGGAGCAGAUACAGGAAAUCAGUUUGAGCUUCAACGACAUCAAUAUCCACCAUCCCAUGGUAUUUGAGAAUGUUUCGCGCACACUUAAGAUACUGGAACUCUCCUUCGCCGUCUUUCCUGCACGCAGUUUGGAGUCCAUCGAUCCGCUCGACGCACUACUGCCGCUUUCACAGCUCAUGUGGCUGGGUUUGGACAAUAAUAAUCUGAAGAUGCUUUCCAACGAUUCAUUCGCAAAUAUGCGCGAACUUAGCUAUAUUAACCUGGCGUUUAACCAACUCAAGCAGCUGCCGCGUGGUCUCUUUCUGCCCGAUGUGCACAGCCACCUGGUGGAGAUCGAUCUCUCGUACAAUUCAUUGGAAGUCAUAGCACGCAAUACCUUCCACAGUCUAGGUGACCUGCAGACGCUUAACCUACAAUCGAAUAAGUUGCAACUGCUGGAGAAGCACGCCUUCUACAAUCUGGAAUUUCUGCGCUACAUCGAUUUGUCCUACAACCAACUGGCCAACAUCUCCCAUGGUGCCUUCACCAUACUGCCCAACCUCGCUGCCUUGGAUUUGAUGCACAACAACCUCGGUUCCCUUUCCCUUAAAAUGUUUCAUUUCGUCUCGAACACCAGCACACCGCUGCGUUUAAACGUCACCUACAAUCAGAUUAGCCACUUCGAGGACGAACUCAGUUCGUAUAUGUACAUCUACAAUCUGGACAUUAGCCACAAUGCGAUAAGCACGCCGGACAGCUUCGCCAAUCUAGCCAAUACGCUACGCUUCCUCAACCUCGCGCACAACACCAUAGGUGGGCUUGCCAACCACGCAUUCGGCGACCUCGAAUUCCUCGAAAUACUAAAUCUCGCACACAACAACAUCACUUCGCUGCGGCGCCGAAGUUUUCAGGGUCUGAACAGUCUACAAGAAUUGGAUCUCGGCUACAAUGGUCUCGAACAGCUGCAAGUGGAGCAGUUCUCGAAUUUGCGCAAGCUGCGCAUACUACGCGUGCGUGGUAAUCGUCUGCGCGCCUUGCCACGCGAGGUCUUCAUGAAUACGCGCCUUGAAUACUUUGAUAUUUCCGAGAAUCAGCUAUCGGUGUGGCCUGUACCCGCCUUUUCUGAUGUCGGCUUUACGCUGCGCAGCAUACAGAUGGCGCAGAAUGCGCUCGAAUACCUCGACUCCAGCAUGUUUGUGAACUCACAAUUCCUCUACGACAUCAACUUGGCCUGCAAUCGCAUUACAGUGCUGCCUGACAACACGUUCACUUUCCUAAACAAUCUCACCAACUUGGAGCUGUCGCAGAAUCCACUGGUUACCACCAAUCUGAAAGAGGUGUUCCUACACACGCCGCGCCUACGGCGUCUCAAAAUACGUCGCAUGGGCCUCUAUGUGCUGCCCCAACUCAGUCUGCCCUAUCUAUCACACCUCGAUGUGAGCGGAAAUUACCUGCAGGAGCUCUCAUCGCUACACGAAAUGCGCCAGCUGCGCCACGUCAAUGUGUCGCAUAAUAAAAUUGUCAACGCCAGCAAUAUUGCCGAACAUCUACCGACAUCUGUGCGUGUGCUCGAUUUGGCGCACAACCCACUGCGGCGCAUCAGCGCGCACGACCUCGUUGCGCUACGCCACCUCACCGAUCUCAAUUUGCUCGACGUCAAGGUAGCCAAUCCGUCGGUGUUCAUCAAGCUACGUUCGCUACGCAAAUUACAUCUCACAUCGCAUCUGAAUUUGGGUGAGAUUGUGGCGCGUAUACCGGGCCUGCAGGAGUUACGUGUGCACUGCAUGGAAACAAAUAUAGGGCCAGAGCUGCUGGCGAAGCUGGUGAAUAACACAAAACUACAGCUGUUAGAGUUGUAUGGCGGCAAUGUGCAGACAAUAGCACCGGAUGCGCUGGCGGGCUUGGCGCGCAAUCAACAUUUGCUGGUAAAAAUCUCACACACUAAAAUAUCCGAUCUGCCGCCGGGCAUUUUUUAUACGCUGCGUGCCGUACCGCAGCUGGCUAUCGACAUUUCGCACAACAAAAUCAAUGCGCUGGCGGCGGACAGCUUCUACCCGAACAAAACCUACUGGGACACUGUGGGUACACGCAGCAUUAUGGGCGGACUGGACACGUCACACAAUCCGCUCGAGUGCGAGUGCGGCUUGGUGUGGUUCGGUCACUGGCUGAGGCGAUGGCUGCGUGAAUCGGCGCAAAUAAAAGUGAUACAGAAGGAUGAGAUGAAGCGAAUGGUGCAGCGCGCGCGCGCCAACACAUGUCACGAUCCGACAACUGGCCGUCGCCUACCCAUAUUGGAGAUUUUUCCCGAAGACCUGUUGUGCCAAGCGAGCGCGCUUAGCAGUUCGAGUGAACGUCUCUUUCUGCUCUCGUUUGCGGCGAUUGCGUUACCGCUCUUCACAAUGUCACUUUGAUAAUUGGAAGCGUAGUAAGAGGCGUGAACUUAGCUGUAGGAAACAUACUACUACGAGCGCAUAGCUGGAGCGAAGGAACGAGCGCCAUGCACUCGUCACAUAUUUGUAAAGUACUAUAAAGAGAGGCACCGUAAGUGUGAUGUAGCUGUAAGAGUUGCCAUGUAAAAACGAUACAAAAAAACUUAAACCAAACCUAACUGGAAUGAUUAUUGCUUUAAUUGUUGAAAAGAGUGGAGAAAGAAAACAAAAGUUGUUAGCUGAAAAAAUGUAAAUUAUUGUAAAUUUCUUAAAAAAAACUGUUAUCUAUAGACUAUAGUUUUAGCUAAUGUAAAUCUGAUAGACUUAAGAAAUAAGUUUAUAAAUAAAAAAAUAUUUGAAGCCGUAAUUGUUUUUGAUUUUGAUUUUAUAUUUGUGUUGAGCGAUGGGAAAGAAGAAAUAAUACUUACGUAUAUUGUUGAAAAAAGUGUAGAUUUUAAAUAAUUAUAGAAAAUACGGCGGCAUUAUACGAUAACUGUAAGCGCAUUGAUUCCUAAAGUAGUAACUUUUUAAUAACAACUAUGCAAAUAGGAUAAUACAUAGUAAUAAAAUAUAAAAUAUACUAAGUAUAGCACUUGGAUAGCUUAAAUUGUAACAAAACCUAUUUAUAAAAUGCAUGAAAAAAUGAUUGAACUCGUCUAAAACGAUUUGGAGAAAGAUUGGAGAGAAAGAGAAAAGGUGAAAAAAACAAAAAGAUCUACAAAUUUAUUUCUCUCUUAAGUGAAAGUUAUUUCGUUAGAACUUUUCGAAUUAAAAUUUGCUAUUCCAUACUUUUUGGAUUUUCUGCCAACGCAAUUUCAGCUAUUAUUUUUUAAAGGCAUGAUAUAAAGUUAAUCUAAAAAAAUAAAGCACUCUUUGGUUCUGGACAUUUGGAACAACUUCAACAGAAGCUAGCUGUUUUAGUGCUGGUUAUCUAGCUGUAAGGCGUUAAAAUGUCAAAAUCCUUAGUCAAGGAAUUGCACACAAUAGGAGAAAUUUUCAAAAAUUUCGAAAAUCUUUUUGCAUCAAACCAAUUCAAGUUGCGUAGCAAAAUUAUUAAACUCGUAAUUUUUUCAAGCAACCACUUUCUAGCUAAAUUGUUUAUUAAAUUGUCUCGAUUUUUUAAACAGCUGGCAACCCUUCCCAAAAAUGUUUCACAGUGUACGUGUAAUA